ACGCCCACUAUGUAGACGUUGAAACGCUCAGAUUUGAGGGUUUGUUACUAAAGAAAAUGGCUGCCGUGUUGAGGCGAGGGGUCAAGUUCAUCUCCUUCGGAUCUUCUCAGCUCUUAUCUGGAAGCUGUAAACAUGGCAGAACCUCCACUUUGUCUGUCUUCAGCUCCAGCAAUAGAAAUUCAUCUUCAUCCAAAAUGAAAGUGGACCUGGACACCAGCACUGGGAUCGCUGUGGUGAAGUUCCAAAACCCACCAGUGAACAGCAUGAGUCUGGACUUUCUGACCGAAUUCUCCAUCAGUUUAGAGAAACUGGAGCUGGACAAGAGCUGCAGAGGAGUGAUCCUCACCUCAGCUCAGCCGAAGAUUUUCUCCGCAGGCCUGGACAUCUUAGAAAUGUACGGUAAGAAUCCGGAGCACUACGCCGAGUUCUGGAAAUCUGUGCAGGACGUAUGGCUCAAACUGUACAGCUACAGUAAGAUCCUCAUCGCCGGCAUCAACGGUUCCAGUCCUGCAGGUGGGUGUUUGAUGUCCAUGACGUGUGACUACAGAAUCAUGGCAGAUAAUCCACGCUACGGAAUCGGACUGAACGAGACGCAGCUCGGCAUCGUCGCUCCAUUCUGGUUUAAAGACACGAUGGUGAACACAGUGGGUCACAGAACAACAGAGAUUUCUCUCCAGUUCGGUCUGAUGUACAGUCCGUCUGAUGCCCUGAAGAUCGGCCUGGUGGACCAGGUGGUUCCUGAAGAGAAAGUUCUGAGCACGGCCACUGAAACCAUGACCAAGUUUCUGGCCAUUCCAGAUCACGCCCGUGAGAUUAGUAAAUCUAUGAUGAGGAAGCCGACGGUGGACCGACUGCUGGCCUGCAGAGACGCAGACAUUAAAAGCUUUGUGAGCUUCAUCAGUAAAGACUCUAUACAGAAGUCUCUGGGCCUGUACCUGGCCAUGCUGAAGCAGAGGAAGGUGUGAGGAAGAUGCUCACCUCUUCCCUCCUGGUCUUUUCUCAGUGUCUGGGAUUUCUUCCGCCUGUAUUCCUGUGCCUCUCUUAUUGUAGUUGUUUGUAAAUUAAACGUUAACAGCAACAUUA